AGCAUCAAAACGAGGACGGCGCACCGGGGAGAUAAGUGCUGUUGCGCGGUUUUGUGGAGUGGACAUAUUUGGGCUCUUUUUACGCACGCAUGUUACGCACUGGGACAAACUGGAAUUAAGGACAUCUUCGAUUUUUGUGUAUUUUAUGGAAUAAAACAACUUAAAACAUGAUUCUAAAUAUAAAACAUAUCCUGUGGAUUUACUGUGUCUGUGAAGCUGCGACUGCAACAGCCCUCAAUACAUUAUCAAUAAUAAAACCAGUCACUGGGUCCCUUUCAGGGAAGGUGAACCUUCCCUGCUUCUUCUCCACCAUCCCAACCUCAGCACCAGUCAUCAGUCCCAAUGGAACAGCCAUUUACAGCAGAGAUUACUUGCGUAUCAAAUGGACCAAAAUAGAAGGAGGAGUAGAAUCCACGGUGCUGGUGGCACAAAAUGGGGUGAUCAAAAUAGGCUCCAUCUACAGGAAUCGUGUAUCAGUGCCCAGUCACCCCGAGGAUGUAGGCGAUGCCUCACUGACAAUGGUCAAGCUGCGUGCCAGUGAUGCAGGUACUUAUCGCUGUGAGGUCAUGUACGGCAUCGAGGACACCCAGGACACAGUUAACCUUGAUGUCAAUGGUGUGGUUUUUCACUACCGGGCAAGCACCAGCAGGUACACUCUGGACUACCAUAAGGCGAUUCAAACUUGUCGGAAUAUUGGAGCAACCAUUGCUACUUAUGAACAACUGAAAGCAGCCUACGAGGAUGGCUUUGAUCAAUGUGAUGCUGGCUGGAUUGCAGACCAGACAGUGAGAUACCCAAUUACAAAGCCAAGGAAGGGUUGCUAUGGUAACCUGAAGACAAAACCUGGUGUUAGGACGUAUGGUACCAGGAAGCCCACGGACACCUAUGACGUUUACUGUUAUGCAGACAAACUUGAUGGUGAAGUGUUCUAUGCUCCUGUGACCCGUAAGAUGACCUUUGAGGAGGCCAGUGAAGAGUGUAAGAAGAGGAAAGCUGUCCUGGCAAGUCCUGGUCAGCUCCAUGCUGCUUGGCGACAUGGUCUGGACAAGUGUGACUAUGGCUGGCUUUCUGAUGGAAGUGCACGGCAUCCUGUUGCAGUACCCCGACUGCAGUGUGGUGGAGGCCUGAUAGGUGUCAGGACCAUGUACCGUUACAGAAACCAGACCGGCUUCCCAGAACCAACUAAGAAGCUUGGAGCUUACUGUUUUCAAGGAAGGAGAUGGAUGUUCAACCAGACUUCUUUUGUUGAUGUGUCUGUGGAAGAAACCACCACCACCAGCAUCAGCCCCACUACCUCCAUCCCAUUACUAGAGAGCACUACCACUACACUAAGCCCAACAUCUGAUACUGUAACAGAGGCAGAAGAGUCUCCAGACUCUCCAGUUCCAUCUAUGUUCUCUACUAGUAUGUCUCCACCACGCCCCACACCAGCAGGCCAAAAAGAAGAGUUAAUAACCACAGUUGCUCCCACCAUCAAAGAGGAAGAGGAUGCUGAUGAUGUCACAGUUCCACCAGACUUUGACAUUAAUGACUUCUUAAGCAAAAAUGUAACUGAUAAAGAAUUUGUUCCCUAUCGUGGUGACACAUUCACAACACCCCAAAGCCCAACAGAAAGCAGUGAUACCACAGAUUCUGUUUCCAAGCCCAUGGAGGAGCCAGACGAUCACUCUAUAAUUGAGAUAAAAACUAUCCAACCUGAUGUCCCAAAACCAGAUGAGUCUCUAAUCACAGAGCCAAUGUUUGCUGAGGGAAAGACUGAAGAAACUAUUCCUGAUUCUGGGAUUACCACAGCAAUGGACUCUGACCUCACCAACACACCAACAGAUUCAACUGACCUGACCAGCGAAGAAGCAUUAAGCUCCUCAGAAACCACACCCUCAACCACUGGGCUUCAUUCAACAACAUCGUUCCCAGACUACGAUCACAGCAUUGAAGAGAUUGACAUUGAUUACGCUCCGGAGGGUCUGCCACCUGCUCAGCUGCCCACACAGGUCUUCUCACCCGGCCCCUCAGAUAGCACUGGUGUUUUUGAGGAAACAGCAAUCCCCUCAGCAAUCCCCUCAACAAUUCCCACUGACACAACUUUUCCCACUGACAUAACCACUGACACAACCUUUAUGUGCCACAUGGGCAGUGAGGUGGAGAUAAGCACCACAGAACCGCCAGAGAGUACAUCAUCAACAGGUGUACACGUCUUUGAUGAGUCUGAAGUACCAGAGCAUGGCAGUGACAAUGCGACAGAGGACAGCACCAAAGCAGAGAUUGAUACAGAGUUCUUUACAUCGGCUCCAGUGGUUUCAGCUGUCAGGACCACAGCUUCACAGACAGUGGGCCCUGUUGACCAGGCUGUAGCACAAGAUUCUCAGUCUCAUACCAUACCUGAUGUGCCUGAUGAUCCAACUCCCUCCAUAGCUGAUGGGGCCGACCCAGACGUUCACUCCCAAACUGCUGCAACCAUCACUCCAACUGUUAGCUUUAUCAAUGGUAAACAUGAAAUCACACUGGAGCCAAAGAGUCAAGAGGAAAAGGAAGCCAAAGGCCCUGAGGUAGAUGAGCUUCCCAAAUCUGGUCCAACACAGAAAGAACUAACCUCUGGACCAGCCUCGACAGUGGAGGACACCGCUCCAGCAAAAACCACUGAAGCUGGUCCAACAGCCACUGAUGCCAAAGAGGGUCACUGUGUCACCAACGGCCACAGCAUCACUGGAGUCUGGAACAAGUGGUUCUCCAAAAACCUCUGUACCUGCACCCUCAUCAACCACCAGCAGUAUGAAACGAACCCCAAUGUCAACUAA